GGUUACUGCUAUCUGUUUAGUGUUGCUACAACAGAAGAUGGAAAAACUCCUCAGCCAUUAAGACAGUUAAAACUUCAAGCCCAUAAGCGUUACGCAUUAAAAUGUAAAUUUAGUCCAGAUUCCACAUUGCUGGUAACUACAUCGGCAGAUUCCACAGGGAAAAUCUGGAGAACGGCCGAUUUACAAUUGCUGAUGAGCCAAAAAGAUACUUCAAGUCAAGAAAUAUUGAUACACAAUUGGAAAACCACCGAAGUGACUCCCAUGGUGGAAUUAAAAGACGUAAAUCAACGAUGGGUAUGGGACGUGGCAUUCAGUGCAGAUUCUCAGUACGCCAUUACGGCAUCUUCCGAUAAUCUGGCAAGAUUGUGGAGUGUAUCGACUGGAGAAAUGAAACGCGAGUAUAGCGGUCAUCAGAAAGCUUUAACAGCUUUAGCAUUCAGAGAUUAAUUAAUGAUGUUUAUUAAAAAACAUCGAAGAUUUAUGUAAAUAUAAUUAUAUAACGAAAUGUUAACAGCUUUUGGACGUAAUGUAUCUUAUAAGGCAUUAAGUCAAAGAUGUAUUUUGAUUGUUCAUAACUGCAAUUUCGUACAUUUUGGUAUGUAAAUCUAGAAUACGAAGUUUCGAAUAUUAAAAUAUACUAGAAAGUAUAAAUGAA